GCGUCCAUGCGCAGCCAGGUGUACGUGAAUGUCUCAUCCAGUCACCGCGUGGACACGGGAGGACAACGAGCCGCUAGCGCUUGGGAACCGGCCCAGUAUGAGUCGAAUAUGAUGAAUGCACUCGAACCCGGCGUCGUCGCGUUAGUGGGCAUUUGUCUGGUAGUAGUUUACAGCGCAGGAGUCGUCGCUGCUGUCGACUUGAAGCGUGACAGGUGAGGGAGACGCAACAUGGGCACGAACGGACCGAAGUGUGACUCCAGGAAGCCAAACAAGCGGCCUCCAUGCUGCAGAGCCGCCUGCAUGCACUCCUCCACCUGAAGCUGCGUCCGGGUGGAGUGCAUGUGAGCAGGGACCCGUGCGGCCUCCAUGGCUCACUCAGCGGACCCGUCCCGCAGAGAGAGGAACCCUGGGACCCAGGGGUCACACACAGCCACGCGCAACCUCCUGCGGAAGAAGGAGCAGCGCCAGCGUGGAAUCCGAUCCUCCUCACCCAUGGGCCGGGUCAUCCUCAUCAACUCUCCUGUGGACGGUGGCGACGACAGUGAGGACCUGCAUACGAUCACUGUGGACAAGAGUCUGGACGGGAAGCUGGGCUUCAGCGUGCGUGGAGGCUCCGAGCACGGACUGGGCAUCUUCGUCAGCAAAGUGGAGGACGACAGCACAGCAGAGGAGGCCGGUCUGCUGGUGGGCGACAAGCUGGUGGAGGUGAACGGCGUCAGCCUGGAGAGCAUCACCAUGAGCAGCGCCGUGAAGGUGCUGACGGGGAACCACCGGCUGAGGAUGGUGGUGCGGCGCGUGGGCAAGGUCCCCGGCAUCCGCUACUCCAAGGAGAAGACCACGUGGGUGGACCUGAUCCACCGGCGCAUGGUGGUGGAGGAGAGCGGGUGCACGCCCUCAGAGGCCAGUUCAGGCAGCGCCCUCCGCCGCAUCGUCCACCUCUACACCACGUCAGACGACUACUGCCUGGGCUUCAACAUCCGCGGAGGGAAGGAGUUCGGUCUGGGCAUCUACGUGUCCAAGCUCGAUCCCGGCGGCCUAGCUGAGCAGAACGGCAUAAAGAUGGGGGACCAGAUCCUGGCGGCCAACGGCGUCAGCUUCCAGGACAUCAGCCACAGCAGCGCCGUGGAGGUGCUGAAGAGCCACACGCACGUCAUGCUGACCAUCAAGGAAGCUGGACGAUACCCUGCUUAUAAGGAGAUGGUGGCGGAGUACAGGUGGCUCAAUAAGCUGGCCAAUGGUCCCCAGACGUCCUCCUCCCAGGGCUCAGACUCCACCUCCUCCACCUCCUCCCUGUCGUCGGGGACCCCGGUCAGCUCUCUGAGCGGCCUUUCUCAGGUCAUGUUCCCUCCCAGUCUGCCGUUGGGCUCCGACAUGGUGGACGUCUGCAUCUCCACGGAGGACCAGGGGUCUGACUCUGAGCGAGCGGAGAGCGCCACCCAGGCGGACGUGGCUGCUCAGAGGACGGGCGCAGACACCACGCGCAGCCUGGGAGCCACCACUCUGCUGAGGGACACGGUGAUCGGUGGAGAGCAGAGCGGCAGGAAGGAGUCGCCCAAGACGGCCGUGCUGCUGGCUCUGAGCAGACCCAGCCGGCCCAUCACGCGCUCGCAAAGCCAAGUCACUGUAGCGGAAAUCAAGCAGAAGAAGGAGAAGAAGCAGAAAGCGAAGGACCCGGAGGAGAAGAGCACCCUGCAGCGCUCCAAGACCUUCGUCAACCUGCUGUUCAGAGGGGGGCGCAGAGGUCGCUCCAAGUCCCCGGGGGCCAAAGACGGACGGCGGCGCCACGAGCCGCCAAAUGCGGAGAUGCUGAGCGCGGUGGAGGACAUGGGCCGCAGGCUGCUGACGGAGGAGGAGGUGGACGCGGUGAUGGAGGCGUGCCGGCGGUACGUGGCCGAGGGGGCGGUGGAGAACUUCAUCGGCCGCCUGCUGACGGUGCUGGACCGGCCCGAGAAGCUGCUGCUGCUGCGGGAGGUCAGAAUGCUGCUUCCGCCCUCUGACCUGAGCGUAUUCAACAACAUGGUGACGCCUCUGGAAGGUGAAGCCUACGACAUCCUCAAGUAUCGGUCCAUUCGAACUCCUCCUCUCCGCUCCCCUGCGUCUGGACGAGCACCCAGGCGCCGCCUCAUCACUCCCAUCCCAGACUACAGGGGAGGCUUUGAGCUUCACAGCUCUGAGGAGGUGGAGAAGGAGAGCCACCUGCUGGAGGAGCUGGAGCGGCUCAGUGUCUGUGGGCUUCGAGGGUCCAGGGACCGGCCCCCGACCCCCAAGUCCUUCGCCCCGCUGCUGGACGUACCAGUGGACAGAUACGCGUCCAGGGAGCUCAGACCCCCCCCUGCCGGCCCCCUGCCGCCCAACUGGCUCCUGGCCCACAGCAGCGAGCGGCCUCCAGUCCAGACCGACAUCUGCACCGUGCGCUCGGUCCGCUUCGACCCCGCGUCGCCACACUCGACCUCCGGCAGCGCCGACGGAGAGCGGGGACGGUCCCCGUUGAGAAGCGAGACCUCCAAAGGCCGGAGGGAGAGAAGUGGGGAGAGGAGUAAGGACGGCGCCGCCCGCAGGGCGCGGCCCUCGUUGGCGCAGGUGUUCGAUCAACAGGUGAACGGGCACCGGGCAUCCGCUGAGAACGGACUCAAUGGGUCCGAACCGGAGCAUGAGCUCAGAACCGUCAGCAUCUCCAAGACCAAGCAGUCGCUGGGCAUCAGUAUAUCUGGUGGGAUGGAGUCAAAGAUUCAGCCGGUGGUGAAGAUCGAGAAGAUCUUUCCUGGAGGAGCUGCCUCCACCUGCGACGUGUUGAAGGCUGGAUUCGAGUUGGUGUCUGUGGACGGAGCGUCUCUCCAGGGAGUCACACACCAGCAUGCGGUCAACCUCAUCAGGAAGGCCUUCAGCAACAAGGCCAAAGACCCCAUGGUGUUUGUGGUCAGAGUCCCCAAAAACAUGUGAAAGGAGACGGGAAGCGCAUCAUGAACUGUGUGAAUUAGGAGAGACAGGAGAACCUGAGCUCCAGCUCUGGUGUCAGGUAUGUUCAUACAACGGUGGACUGAGGCAGCAGAUCAGUGCAGUGCAACAACACGGAGGUAGAAAAAGGACGAACCCGUGCUCCUGACGCCUCCAUGUUUGACUUGAUAGCAUCACAGGAGUCUAUGCCUGUUUUUAUAUUGUGUUGGCAAAUCGUCCUGCAUAAAACAGGCAACGCAUGUUCAUGCUCUGUGACCUGUGCCUUAAACCCUGUAGACAGGCCUUUUAAAACAGUCUGACACGUUGUGCUGCUGUUGACCUGUAGAGGGCAGUGAUGAGUCAAAAAUAGAUUAAAACUCUACAUCACAGAAUGUCAAACAAACCAGGACAGUAAAAUAAUCCCCCAGGAAAGUAACUUGAUGAGGGUUAUUUCACAUUCUGGACUUUCCCUUUACAUGUACUUGAAAUGUAAUGUAAUUUGGUGGCACGAUAGGACAUAAGUUUACCAGGUCGUAGUGAUCUAUGAAUAAAUACACACUCACA